UCUGGAAUAAUUCUUCUCGCCAAGCGGCGACCCUUCGCCUGUUGGAGUUGCUGCUUUAUCAACCAGCGGGAUGCGCGCCUCACCGACCCUUUGGGGUCACAGGGCCCCCAGAGGAUGGGAGGGCGGCUGCUAAACAGGAACCUUCUUGUCUUUCAUCCGACAGAUUGCCUAAUCCUAAUUCAGAGAUGGAGUUAUCAGCCUCAUCUUCCGCCAUCUCUGAGCAGCAGCUGCAGGGGCCAGAGGAACAAAGCAACACCAAAACAGACUUGGCCGGGCAGAGUCUCAUCUCAUCCGAGGAAUGGCUAAAACUGCAUGGACUUAAGAGCAACAAAUUGACCUUGAAACAGAUUCUGUCACAGAUUGGAUUCCCUCAUUGUGAAGAUUAUGUGACUUCUCUGGGGAGACUUGUGGCUUCCCGGUAUGCUGAUGGCCUGUUUCCACAGUUCUACAGACCCGAAGAUGGCAGAGUAUACAACUUGACAGCUAAAUCAGAACUGAUCUAUCAGUUUGUGGAACAUUUAACACAAGCUGUGGAGAGUUACAAGCAGCGGAUGGACUGGCUCACCAGCAGAAGCCGGCAGAUUUUUGGUGUCGUCUUGGAACAGUGCAUCACCAUAGUGCUGGAUUUUGGUGGCAUGCUGGAGGAGGAGCUUAAUCUGUGCCAAGAUGCUCUAACAAUGGUCCUCCAGGAGCAGGUGGCUCAUAUAGCCAAGUUUAAUAUCAUACGGGUUUCCCAGCGGCCUGUGAAAUGGCAGGAAAAUGCUGUUCCUGUGACCGAGCAGUCCAUAGCCGCUGCCAUCAGUUGGGUUGAGAAACUGCCUUUUGAGCUGGCUGUGAGCCAGGCUAGCUGCCUGGACGCUCUGCUGGAAGCUGGGAACGACAAAACGAUUGAAUCCAUUUACUACUUUGUGGUGGGAGAUGUUCCUGAGCAAACCAAGGGGCUCCUCCUUCAGAGGGCUUUGGAGAUCCCAUGUCCUGUCUGCACAGUGUCCUUCAAUGCCAGAGGAGAAGGCACGACAGCUUUCUUAAAGGAUCUGAGUGCCAAGACCCACAGCAGAUUCCAUGCAUUUGCGGAGAGAACAGAGUGUGUGGAGUUUCCCCCACUUGCCGUAAAGGAUGGUGACAGUGUAAUUACUUGGAAUUUAAGGAAACUGAAAGGAAAACGCCCUCCAGGAGCUGGGGUCAGAGAGGACGUGUUUCUUAUUUGGAGGGAGAUGAAGGAAGCCUGCAGCACUCUGACUCAGAUCCAGAGGCUGGUCGCUGAGCCACCCAAGUCCAAUGUGGACAAAGUCGACCAUGAAUCAGGAACAACCUCUGUCAAGAAUGAGUCAGACCUAGAGGACACCUGGGACUCCAAGAAGUGGCUUCAGAAAUAUGGUUUGAAAGCCCAGAAGCUGACCUUUUAUGACGUCCUUGCUGACUGCUGCUUCCGCCAUGCUGAUGGAGUUGUUGAUGUGAAAGCCAAACCAGAGGAUGAGUCCGUGCAGACCAGUGCGGAGACCAACAAGAAGACAGUCCAUGCGAAAUACUGCAGUAGAUUUGUUCAUGCUCCCUGGAAGGAUGGGAGCUUGGUCCAUGUCUGCAUUACCAAGGAGAAGUGUACAUGGUACAGCGAGAGAAUCCACACAGUCCUUGCCCAGAUUCAGAGGAGGAUUAAGUGGCUACAGGAUAGAAGUCAAAUCCUCUUUGGAAAAGUACGUAAUGAUUGCAUCUAUGUCCUCAUUGAUACAUCUCACUCAAUGAAGAGCAAACUGGACUUGGUGAAGGACAAGAUCAUCCAGUUUAUACAGGAACAGCUGAAAUAUAAAAGGAAAUUCAAUUUUGUGCAGUUUGACGCCCAAGCAGUUGCUUGGCAGGAAAAACUUGUUGAAAUCAAUGAAGAUAAUUUGAGAGGGGCUCAGUCCUGGGUUAGAGACAUUCAGAUCGGAAGUUCCACAAACACCCUGCAUGCCCUGCAAAUUGCUUUUGCCGAUGAAGAAACACAAGUAAUCUACCUUUUGACGGAUGGGAGACCUGAUCAGCCAACUGAAAUGGUUAUAGACCAAAUCAAAGUUUUUCAGAAAAUUCCUAUUUACGCCAUCUCCUUCAAUUAUAAUGAUGAGAUUGCAAAUGGAUUUUUGAACGAGCUUGCUUCUUUGACUGGGGGAGAGUUCCAUUUUUAUAAUUUUGGCUGUAAGGAUCUGUGUCCUCCAGGGACUGUUCAGAAUGAAGAUCUGACUCUUUUAAUUAAGGAAAUGGAGCAGGGACGAAGUGACCUGGAGAAGGUGCAAGACCUUUAUUCAGAGUCCUUGAUCAUGGAUUGGUGGUACAAUGGAGAAAAGGAAGGGGACAAUAAGCAUCAAAAAGAAAUCAGUUCUAUGGUUUCAACCCCAGAAAAAUAUGCAAAACCUCAUUCUGAUGUCGAGUCAACACCAAUGUCAUCCCUAAAUAUGUUGUACUUACCAGAGGAUCUUUCAAAUCAAAAGAUUCAGAAAAAGAAAGUCCUUCACGCAGAAUCAACCAAAACCAGCCUGCUCAGAAACCAGAUGUCCAGCCUCAAGAGCUCAGCUUGCAGCAAGAGGACAGACGGCCUUUCCACUUCCAGCAGCUGGAACACUCCAAGUGACAGAGAAAUAAGCACCCUGCUGACAAAUGAGUACCUAGAUGGCAAAUCAUUAGGAAGAGUGAGUCGAGAAGGAAAAGAGGUUCAUGACCAAGAUAUGUCUUCAGAAAAGUGGCUCAAGACCCAUGGCUUGGUUGCCAAGAAACUCACUGUCAUGGAUGCCUUGUCCAUGACAGCGGUCCCUCACAUCCCCACCUAUGUUCCCAUUCUGGACAAGCAUGUUGUUUCCAAGGUCUUUGAUGAGGUGUUCCCUCUGGCACACGUGUGCAACACCACCAAUAAGAUGACAUUAAUUAACCCCCAAGGAGUCAAGCUCAAUAUCUAUAAGCAAAAAGUGGAACAGGCCAUUAAGAGCUAUGAAAAGCGCUUGAAUAAAAUUGUUUGGCGAGCAUUAUCUCAAGAGGAAAAAGAAAAGUUAGAUGCAUAUAAACCCAUGCGGUACUUGGAAAACAAGGCAGCUUUAAACAGGGCAUUAGAACGGUUGAAUUGGCCCAUUUCGUUGAAGGAGCUGUCGAUGCUGGAAAAUGAAAUCCUAGCUGGGAAAAUGUAUAUCCAACAGGCCAUGGAACUCCAGGAGGCUGCCAAGAAGGAGAAUCAUGUGAGCAAGUCACAGGGAGAGCAACAGAAACCUCAAGGAAAUCCAACAAAGAAAACCAAAUCAAAAAAAUUGGAUCCCCUCAAAGGCCAGAAAGUUAUUGCAAGAUGUGAUGAAAAUGGCUUUUACUUUCCAGGGGUUGUGAAGAAGUGUGUGAGCCCCACCCAUGCACUGGUGGAUUUCAGGUACGGAGACACCAAGGCUGUGCCCACCUCGUUCAUCACGCCUGUCGGGGGCGCCAUGCCCUGUCCCCUGCUCCAGGUUGGAGAUUAUGUCUUUGCCAAAAUUGUGAUACCCAACGGAUUUGACUUCUAUGUCCCUGCCAUUGUCAUAGCACUUCCGAAUCAGGAUGUGGCCGACGAUAAAUUCUACACAGUUUUGAAAUGCAACAACCGGAGAGAAUUUUGCCCUCGGAGUGCACUUAUUAAGAUCAGCCAAAACAAGUAUGCUCUCUCUUGCUCUCAUAUAAAAUCACCCCCAAUUCAGGAGGACCCAAAAGUGGAGGAUGUAAAAACGAAGAACUCUACUUUCUUAAUAUGUCCACUCAAAGAAAUUGACACUGGGGAUUUACGAGAGCUAAGACAGGAGAACCCUAGAAAGAAGAAAAAGAAACCUGCCAAGAGGCUGCCUCUCCAGGAGAUGGUGUCCUCGGACUCAGAUGACUCUUCUCAUGGCAUCAGGUCCCAAGAGUCCAACCCCAAGAAACACCCCCAGCCCAAGGUGGGAGGGGGACGACAUCACCUAUCUCUGGAACACCCUGAAACCUCUCUCAAGAAUAGUGCACUUGAGGUCACUCCCCAGUUUCCAGGCCAGUUUAGUUCCCAGUACAGCAAAAACUCUAACACCCUUAAAGAGUCAGCCAGCCACGCCAUUGCUGCCAUACCUCCACCUCAAGCAGCCCUGCCCUUCCCUCCUAGAACGACCCACAGCAGCAAAGGGCUGAGGACCAUUGCUGAGAAACCUUAAAGCAGUCUAGUGGCAACUAUGUUUAAGAGAGCCAGCAUUCUUCCAGGGCUGCCCAGACCUCAGCCCCUCAUCACUGUGGAACUAGCCCCUCUGCUGAGGUAAGGCCGCCCUUCAUUCUACCCAUUCCUAUCCUGUUUGUAAAACAGAUACACUUACCUGUUAUCCCCCACCUGGAUCUCCGGUCUGUUUGUGCUUAUUGGCUCUGGCUUUUUCCAUUCUUUUUCCUAUUAUUUUCCCUGUCCUCACCACACUAUACUCAAUCUUUUGGUAAAUUCUACAUACCCAGAAGUUGAAUCUGACAAAUUAUUGUCAUAGGAUUUUCAGCUUUUUGGGGGAAGUUAAGGUAGUUAUAAUCCAAGCCUGCAGUCUUGUUUUAAAUUGAUUAUCUUAUCUGAAUUAGGAAUUUUUAUGACUUAAUGUUAAGACUGAAAUUAAGACCUAGUAACUUGUCUGAGAUCUGCAAAACAAAAUUAUUGAUUUCUGGCCAUUUUUAUUGAGCCCUUCCUAAUUAUUUUUGUUUGUAGUCUGUUGUAGGUACCUCUAAUUGAGCGCAGAACCAGAAUAAAAACUCUUACGUUGGAAA